AUGAAUAGACUGAUUAUUUAUGCGUUAGUGAAUCAUUUUAUAAAGUUUAUCAGCGGUUCGAACUCAAACUGCAGCGAAAAACACUGCUUGUAUACUCUGGACAAUUAUCUGCAUGACCUGGAUGGCAUACCUGAUAAUUACUGCUCUCAGAACGGAAGCCGUAAUGGUUGGUUGUUGGAGAUUUACGACGAAAAUGUUCAAUCACUCGUUGAUCAGUUCGUUAAGAUCAACAAUUUGAGAGGAAGAAAUUCUCUCCUUGGAGCAAGCAGGCUUCCAGUUGCUAUGACUUGGAUAAAUAAAGCUUCGUUUUAUCGACCAACUGAUAUUGUUGAGGAUUUGUAUGAGAACACAAUGGUAUACAUAACUACAGCCAGCGCGAGUACGGAUAAGCAAACAGCUGUGACUUAUGUGAAACACGACGCAAGAUUCCAGCUACAAGUUUUAUGCUCUAUAAAAUGCGAGUUCAUCACUUAA